UGUGGCAGGGAAUACGGAGAAGAAGAGAAUUAUAAUAGGCGUCAUCUCAGGAGUUGGGGGGAUCCUCCUAAUAUGCUUAGUUUUCUUCCUCAUCUACUACCAACGCCGACGGAAGGGAGCCGUCUUUGCCCUUUUCAAGACUAGAAGCUCGUCUCCAUCUUUAUCCCCACUCUCUGCAAGCAUCCCUUCCUAUCCCCACUAUGGAGUCCCCGUCUUCACCUACGAAGAACUCGAAGAAGCCACUAACAACUUCGAUUCCAAUCAAGAACUCGGUGAUGGAGGCUUCGGCACCGUAUACUAUGGGAAGCUACGGGACGGGCGAGAGGUUGCAGUGAAACGCCUCUAUGAGAACAGUUGCAAGCGCGUCGAGCAGUUCAUGAAUGAAAUCGGAAUCCUUGCCCGUUUGCGUCACCAGAACCUCGUCACGCUCUACGGCUGCACUUCACGUCACAGCCGUGAACUCCUUCUCGUAUACGAAUUCAUCUCCAACGGAACCGUCGCCGAUCAUCUCCACGGUGACAGAGCAGAGUCUGGUUCACUCCCAUGGCCUACCCGUAUGAGCAUCGCCAUAGAGACGGCUCAAGCACUCUCAUACCUCCACGCUUCUGAUAUCAUACACCGUGACGUGAAGACUAACAACAUCCUCCUAUGCAAAAAUUUCCAUGUCAAAGUUGCAGAUUUCGGGUUGUCCCGUCUUUACCCAAACGAUGUCACCCACGUCUCCACUGCUCCACAGGGUACUCCAGGCUACGUUGAUCCAGAGUAUCGCCAGUGCUACAGGCUUACAGAAAAGAGCGAUGUGUACAGCUUUGGGGUGGUUUUGAUUGAGCUCAUAUCAUCAAAACCUGCUGUAGAUAUCACUAGGGAUUAUCAUGAUAUUAAUUUGGCUAAUUUAGCAAUCAAAAAGAUUCAGAAUCGAGCUGUGCACGAGCUGGUCGACCCAUGUCUCGGAUAUGACACUGAUGUUACAGUGAAGGGGAAGAUGACAUCGGUGGCGGCUUUAGCUUUUAGGUGUCUGCAAAAAGAGAAGGAGUUGAGGCCUUCCAUGGAUGAGGUGUUGGAGGUGUUGAAAGGAAUAGAGAGUGAGGACUACAAGAAUGCGAUGGAUGGGGGACAAGGGUCAGCAGAGGUAAUCGAUAUUCCCAUGGAUUAUGCAGUAGAAGGGCCCUCCAAGAAUAAGAAUAAUAAUAAUACACCGCCGCCACCGCUGCGGACACCACCGGCGGCUCCACCCAAUUCUUUCAACGAUAAGGGAGUGAGCAAUUAG